AUGCUACUCCGGCGGUCCACCUGCAAGAAAUGCAAGAAGUUACUACUGCUGUUCAUGAUUGGCAUCACGGUGUGCCUGGGCUUCGUGCUGCAUACCUCGCCGGAGAGCAUUCAUUUCGAUCAGUUGCAGCAGACCUACGAGGAGUUCUCUCUGAACGGGGCUGGUUUGACAACUCAAGGUCCAAAUGAAAGCCUUUCCCCGCCAAUUUCGCAGCGGGUCGCCAGGUCACCACCCAAUCGAGGCAUUACUAUUAGAUUGGCGGUCAGCUUCAAAGCCAAGCGAGUGACGGUUCCAGCGGGUCCUGACCAAGCGGGGUGUGAGGUUCCCUUUUGCGUUCAUCAAAGUUCCAAAGGGAUUGUUAGGUUUAUAGGCAUUGUGAAGAAUAAUCGAUCUCCAUCUUUCUAUCAUGAAUGCAGGUCGGAGGGGGAGGACGAUGAGCCUGAAAGCGAUUCGGCCAAAGCGAGGCUGGACGCCAUCUUGAAUCGCAAGUGGUCUUUUAAUCAAGAGGCUGCGGAAGAAGCCAGAAAAGACAUGAGACAGUACUUCAACCCUUAUGACGUCAUCACCAUGACAUCGGAUGACGUCGCCACUGGACGGCUGCGGCGCUUUUACCUCUCCAAGAAACUGAGUGUCAACCUCGUUCCCCCGGGGCUUCACCGACUGCUGCCUAAGAAAUUGCUAUUUCGCAACCAGCACUACAAGAAGUGUUCUCUGGUCGGCAACAGUGGCGUUCUUCGCAACAGCAGCUGUGGCAGCCAGAUAGACUCAUCCGAUUUCGUAGUCAGGUGCAAUUUUGCCACGCUGAAAGGCUACGAGAAGGACGUGGGGACCCACACCGAUGUCGUGACCUUUAACCCCAGCAUCAUAGAAAAAUACAACAAACUGUCCACCAAGGCAGAUGGGGCGAGGUUCGCGGGUGACCUAAAGAACUACCGUGAACGAUACGUCUUGUGGGUACCAGUUUUCAACCGUCAAUACGUCACGGUUGCACUGAGAACUUUGUUGGAUUUUUUCGACAAACAUCUUGGGUUUAUCAAGAACGUGCAGCUUGCGUUUCCAGGCAACGUACUUCCAGAUAUAUCAGAUUAUUGGGCAUCGAAAGGUGUCGACGAAGAGCGCAUCAGCACGGGCCUCCUGAUGUACAACAUGGCGAGCGCCCUCUGUGACGAGAUCCACAUGUACGGUUUCUACCCCUUCCCAGAAUUCAACGGCAAGCCCAUCCCUUACCACUACGACCACGCCCCCGAUCGGGUGGGCAAAAAGUUCGACUACGGCUACAAGCGGUUCCACGAGCUGCCGGACGAGUUCGUGUAUCUGAAGAAGCUGCACAGGGCUGGGAUUGUGAAACUGCAUGUUGGGGAAUGCCCCAAUGCAUUUUCAUGAGAGCUUCCCUAGCUGACGUCAUCCUCUUGUUCAAUAUGGACGAUUACUUAAUCUACAUAGCGCGGUUAAGUACUUGAAUGGUUGGAUGUUCCGUGGGGGAAUUUCAAGAAUAUAAAUCGGCGUGAUGUUUUAUAAUUGACGUCUUUCCUCCUGGAAGAGUUGGUGUCUGGAAGAGCAAGUUACGAAAGAAAGUUCUCAGUCUCUCAAAGAUCUUUCCAAAUUGAUGUGCCUUUCGCCCAAACUACGUUCGACAACGAGGGAGACAGUUUCGCUGGUUGACGACCGAUUGCUUAUACAUGUAGGCCUAUUGUUAAUCUGAAAUCGUUAAAUCUAAAACUCACGCAUUCUGUCACACAGUCAUUAGCAUAAUUAUAUUCCAUCAUUUUGUUUAUUAUGCCUUUACAUCACAAUUUGAAAAUAUCUAAUAUACAAUCAAUAAUUAAAAUAAGUUUGUGCAAUAGAUAGCUGAAAAAAUACUAUAUUAAAAUAAUUGAACACGAUCAUAUAAAAUUGGCUGGUCGGAUCCAAUUUCAUGGUCCUGCUAAAUUCCAGAGAUUUUGCUGUGCGAAAUAUUUCUUCGAAGGCCAACAUUUUGACUGGCUGUAGACUCUUGAAACUGUGAGGAUACCACGAAGACAACUUCGUGGGGGCAUCAAGCAGAAAAAAGUUAAGCAACAAAAUAUUACACAAUGUACUUUAAAAAAAAGUAGCGUGCUCGGAAAAAAUACCGAAUGAAACAUUUUGUUUUAAUCCAUCUCACGAAAUUGUGGCUCAUCAUCUGAACAAAAACGACUUUUGCUUCAUGUACACAUUCACCCGUUUGUUGCGUUCCUGUUAGCAUAGCAAAAAAUCGUACUUUAAGCAGCCAUGAACUUGGACGCAGUCGGGUGUUGCUGCUUUGUGUCGUGAUUGAUGAUCGUUUUUCGUCCCUCAAAAAAUGUUUCCGUGUUUUCAUCGGAACGAGCCGCUUUUGAGGUAGUAAUUUAUUAGAUAACUGUUCAUGUCGUCGCGAUAGAAAUAAUGAAACUCGCACUCCACGAUAAAUCUUUUAGCAAGCACAACCCUUAUACUGAUGUAAAUGUUUUGCAUGUUUACUACAACAAAUAUAAAACGUUUCUUUAUAAAUAUUUCUAAAAAUUACUUCAUGUUUAACGCACAAAAUAGAUACAUAAGUAUACAGUACUUCUGAUACAUAUAAACUAGGUCGCUAACAUCUUUGAGUAAAA